GUGUCCCGGCGACGGCGAGCCGCGGAGACCUGCGCCGCCAGCCGUCGAGUGGAGGCACUGAUCCGAGACAAGGACGCUCCCAUGGUUCAAUCCCGUUCGCCCCCGCUGUCGCCCACCACCGAGGUAUCGUGUGAGACGAGGAAGAAGCAGAAGCAGGAGGGCGAGCAGGAGCAGGAGCCAUUGGGGAGCCUCCCCGAGGGGCCCCUCGUCGAGAUCCUGUCGCGGGUGCCCUACAUGUCGCUCUGCCGCUUCAAGUGCGUGUCCAAGCCCUGGCUUGCCCUCUGCUCCGACCACCAAGUCCGCAAGAGGUCGCCGCAGACUCUGUCUGGCUUCUUCCACUGCGGCACAAAUGGCGUCCAGUUUUGCAAUGUUUCCGGUAGAGGCCCGCCUAUGGUCGACCCCUAUCUCCCUUUCUUGUGGAAACGCUAUACAAUUAUCAUCACCCGACACUGCUGCGGUGGCCUUGUCCUCUGCAAAUGCUGGAAAUCAUGUCAUUCCAAGAACAAUGAGUACAAUCUUGUUGUGUGCAAUCCGGCGAUUGAGAAGUGGAUUGAGCUGCCCCAUUGUCCUAUAGAAUCGUCAUACUUAACCAAAGAGUACUUGGGUUUCGACCCAGCCGACCCCUCCCGUUUCGUGGUAUAUGCACUGCACCUUCGGGAAUUCACAGAAGUGACGAUCUACUCAUCAGACACUGGGCGAUGGACUACAGUGCAGAGUGGCUGGGUUGAAGGAACUUCUCUUGUUGUUGGUUUCGAAUGUGUCUUCGUGAAUGGCACCAUGCAUUUGAUGACCAAAGAACCUUCAGUAGUCACAGUGGACACAGAGGGGAAUGUUUGGAGGGAAAUUUAUAUGCCGGAAAACAUGACAGGGAGCUGUGAGGAUAUCUCCAUUGGACAGUCGCAGGGAUGCUUGUACGCUUGGUGUAUAGGUAAUCUUAAUGUUUGCCAGCUCGCUGUUUGGGCUCUUGAGGAUUAUGCUAGUGCAAACUGGACCUUGAAGCAUACUGUUAACAUUUUGGAGCUGUUUGGAAGGCAUUGUCGCAAAAAGGAUGAGUUCUAUAAGAUGUUUGCAAUUCAUCCAGAUCGUAAUUUGAUCUUCCUUACUGAUGGGAAGGAGAAGACUAUCUCAUAUGAUAUGGAUAGCCGGGAGGUGCAUGUUAUCAGCACUUCGGGCGAAUUCCGUGAUGCUCAACCUUACAUUCCCUGUUUUGCAGAAUUGCCAUCCGAUGGUCACUAAAAGUCUGCAGCAUCUACUGCAAGGUCCAAGCUGUAUCAUCAGAAACGUAUGCAUGGAAAUCCUGAAGAACAAGACUCCCACCGCCUAGACUCACUCCUGAAACUGCUGGAAAGUUCCCUGGCUAAGAUACCGCUGAAAUAACGAAUUAUUACUGAAGCUCUGCACUGGCUGUGUACACCUGAGGCGCUGGAUGUCAAAAUCCUGAGCAUGUAGCAUCUCAUUUGUCUAGUCUGGCUGCAGGCAUAUUAUCUGUUUUCUUUACCUGUUGAAAAGCCAGAGAGACUAUCUGGAUGAUUAUUUUUUUUUCUUUUUCUGGGUGAUAGUUUAGGAGCUGUAAGUGCUAUACUGUACUUUGGUUAUAUUCAUGCAAUGGAACUGGCCAACUGGGCGAUGAUCCUGUUCCUCUAAAAUAAUGUUUUAAACU